AUGCCUAAUACCACGUGGACGUGGGCUUUUACCAUCGUCACGCUCGUGCAAACAUUAGUGACGCUCGGCCUGGAAUGUUACAUCUUUGCAAACUUUCAGAUCCAGGAAGAGGAAAACGACAGUCCCUCGUCAAGAACAAUUCCCACCUUCCUCGCCCUUUACAGUUUCGGUUUCCUCUACGAGCUAGUUCUUGUUUACGAUGCCCUUCGCAUGAAAAACACCAUUCAGAUUAUUGGUCUCUGUCUGUGCAAUGUCGGACUUCUAAUUUACGGCGCUGUUCAAGUGAAGCAGAUCCGAAAUGCCGUCUCCAUCUUGUCCGACAAUAAUAAAAUCAGCCCGUUGGUCUGGGCGGAAUCGGAGCCCUUCUUGAUCAUCAUUCCGUGCAUUGUGGGGCUUGGAAGCGUUCUGAUGACUCUGGUUGCGUGGAAAUUGUACGACGAGUUCGCCUGGACAAUCUACAAACACAUCAGUGCGGACUUGCGUAUGAAGCGCCGCUAUCUGACCUAUCAGAUUUUCAUCGCUCUGCUGAAGUUCGAUUUCUUCUUCUUCCUCGGAUUCACUGUACAGUUCCUGACCGUUGUCUCUUCGGAUAAGCAUGAUGCUGAAUUCUAUCUCACCAUCGUCGCUGUCCCCGUGACCAUUCUUGUCCUGGCCUGCGGUGCCUGGUUCGUUCGACGGGAAAGCACCUUUGGCAUGAUCGUCAUCAUUCUGCUGUUCUUCGCCGCUAUGGCCUACUUCUGCUUCAAGCUGUACCGCAUGUACGACCCGCUUACCUCGCCUUUCUAUUUGCCCGCUCGGCCCUCGAUGACCUUCUUCGCCAUCAUCACCCUUGUCCUGAUUGUGAUCACCAUCGUCAACGCAUGCAUGUGCGCAAACAACUUCAACUGUGGCCUGAAGCCGCACAUCAACAAGAAGAGGGGGCCCACCGAGGAGAAAACAACCGAGCUCUCCUCCAAUAUCGCCGGCCAGGUCCCGUCUCGGAUGAUGAUCGACUGA